AAUCCACCGGUGUCUUAGGUCGUUAGCUCGCGUUGUGCGCCUCUCUGUACGCAAAUGAUCGCAGACUGUUGAAGUCUCCAGUGUUUGUUAUCAUGUGUAGCAACGAGACUUCCACACCUCCGACCAACGGUGUGACGAUCCUUCCCUACGGAGUGACCAACUUGAAGAUAAUGCUGAACGACCCCGCGUCCACGACCCAGCAGCAGACCAUGACUCCUCAGCCGUCUCCCAACCUCCUGCCGCUGGACCAGUACCGACUCCAGCUGUACAACUACGCCGUCCAGGCCGAGCGGCUGAGGACGCAGCAGUACCUCCCUGGCAUGCAGCUUCCAGUGUGCCCCGGAUACAACCCUUAUCACCCCAGGUUAGCGUUAUCCAUGAGUCUCUUCAACCACAGGAUCCUCCAGCCGGAGGAGCCGAAGCCGCAGCACAGUUACAUCGGUCUGAUAGCCAUGGCCAUCUUGAGUUCCGCGGACGCAAAGCUCGUCCUUUCCGACAUCUACCAGUACAUCCUCGACAACUAUCCUUACUUUCGCACUAGAGGUCCUGGGUGGAGGAACUCCAUAAGGCACAACCUGUCUCUGAACGACUGCUUCAUAAAGGCGGGACGGAGCGCCAACGGGAAAGGACACUACUGGGCGAUCCAUCCUGCGAACGUCGAGGAUUUCAAGAAAGGAGAUUUCAGGAGAAGGAAAGCCCAACGCAAGGUGAGGAAGCACAUGGGUCUGGCGGUGGACGAUGACGGGAACGAUUCUCCCUCGCCGCCCCCGAUGACGUUAACGCCGCCCCCGACGAACCUCUGGCCUCCCACGAUGACACCUCUGGUUUUCCCGGCUUUCCCGACUAACCUCCCGAGGAAAAGACAGUUCGACGUCGCUUCCCUGCUGGCUCCCGACGAGGACCCCAUCAGGAAACGCUUGACGAUCACCGCCUACAGCAGCGACGAGGAAGACAUCGACGUCGUCUCUUCCGAUAACCCUGAGAAAACUCCGGACAGGAAGACUCCGCCGACUCCCACAACUCCGACUCCACCGACUCCCUGGGUUUACCGACCCCCCGUGUUCCCUGGCAGUCCAGCCGUCGACCAACAGCUGGUGGCCAGGUACUACGAGCAGCUAGCCGCCCAGCAUCAGGCUCGGAGGAUCCAGGCCCUCCAGAGGUCGAGGACACCGCCUCCGGAGACAGAAGACAACACCACGUAG